AUGGCUCGGGUUCUCGACAGCCGCGCCUUUAAAGAGACACUUUUCGAAGCCGCCAGUCCAGGAAACAUCCUCUUCCACCCCCCCACCAAGGACACACCGACCACCGCGUCAGACAGACAAGAAGUGGACAGCCAAGGCAAUGGCAGCGACGACCCCGUCCCGUUUCCCGUCGCCAUCGUAGGCAUGGCCAUGAGGCUGCCCGGCGGCGUCAACUCCGACACCGACUUCUGGGACUUCCUCGUCAACAAGCGCGACGGGCUGUGCCGGGUCCCCGAGUCGCGAUACAACGUGGACGCGUUCUACGACGAGCUGCGUCCCGGCGCCGUGCGCACCAAACACGGCUACUUCCUGCAGCGCGACAUCAGCCAGCUCGACGCGUCCUUCUUCGCGAUGAGCAAGCUGGAGGCGGAGAAGCUGGACCCCCAGCAGAGACACCUACUCGAGGUCGUGUGGGAGUGCAUGGAGAACGGCGGCCAGACGGACUGGCGGGGCACCAACAUCGGGCUGUACGUGGGCAGCUUCGGCGAGGACUGGCUGGAUCUGCUGGCGAAGGAUACGCAGCAUUUCGACCGGUACCGGGUGAUGAGCGCGGGGGACUUUGCGCUCGCGAAUCGCGUCUCGUAUGAGUAUGAUUUGCGGGGUCCGAGUGUUGCUGUAAGGACGGGGUGCUCGUCGAGUAUGGUCGGGUUGCAUGAUGCUUGCCAGGCGUUGUAUGCUGGGGAUUGCUCCUCUGCGCUGGUCGCGGGGGUGAACCUGAUUAUGAGCCCGACUAUGACGGUCUCCAUGUCGGAGAAUAUGGUGCUGUCGCAGAGUGGGGUUUGCAGGACGUUUGAUGCCGCUGCGGAUGGCUAUGGGAGGGGAGAGGCAAUUAAUGUCAUCUAUAUCAAGCCGUUGAAGGAUGCGUUGGAGAAUAGGGAUCCCAUCCGUGCGAUUAUCCGGUCUACCGCUGUUAAUUGCGAUGGGAAGACCCCUAGUAUCACUACGCCAGGGUCUGAAGCACAGGAAAGGCUCGUCCGGAGAGCGUAUGGACGAGCGGGCAUUCCUGAUGAGGAGAUCGGGAAGACUGCGUUCUUUGAGUGUCAUGGCACUGGGACGAUCGCGGGGGACACGGCGGAAGCGUCUGUCGUUGCGAACAUAUUUGGCGAGGAUGGGAUAUAUAUUGGUGCGGUUAAGCCGAACGUCGGUCACUCGGAGGGCGCCUCAGGCAUCACCAGCGUGAUCAAGUGCGUUCUCGCGCUGGAGAACCGGACGAUUCCUCCCAACGUUCACUUCAAAGACCCCAAUCCACGGAUUCCGUUCGAGGCUGCAAAGCUCCAAGUCCCGGUCGAGCCUCAACCAUGGCCACUACACAAAAGAGAGAGGAUCAGCGUCAAUUCGUUUGGGAUCGGUGGAACGAAUGCACAUCCCAGCUCAUACUUGAUUCCGCCCCGUUGUUACGCCACAAUGAUGUCCCUGCAAGAUCAAAAGCCAGCAGCGCCAAAAACCGCCACUUAUUGGUGGUCUCGGCGAAUAGCAAAGAAGGAACUUUCAAAGUCCAACAUCACGAGUCGCGUCGGAGAGCCCGAAUUCGCCCAGCCUUUAACUACUGCGAUCCAGAUUGCUCUGGUCAAUCUCCUGCACGGCUGGGGCAUUAUGCCAGAGUCGGUAGUGGGCCAUUCGAGUGGAGAGAUCGCCGCAGCUUAUGCAUCCGGGGCUCUACCAGCUUCUGUUGCGAUAAUCAUUGCAUACUUCCGUGGACAAGCAGCCAAGAAACUCGCAUCCAGCCGUUCCGGCGCAAUGGCUGCUGUGGGGCUGGGUCCGGAGCAGGUGAGGCCGUAUUUACGGGAAGGGAUUAUGACCGCGUGCGAAAAUAGCCCGGUCAGUGUGACAUUAUCAGGAGAUAAGGGUGUCCUUGAUGCUGCUCUCGAGCAGGUACGGGAAGAACACCCUGAUAUCUUUUGCCGACGCCUGGCUGUGAAUGUCGCCUACCAUUCUCACCACAUGAAAGACGUGGCAGAAGAAUACGAGGACGCAAUACGUCCUCUAAUAUCUCACGAUGAAUACAUGAUUCCUUUCUACUCAUCUGUCAUUGCGGCGCGCAUAAAUGAGCCGCGAGAGCUGGAUACGGUAUACUGGGCGCAGAAUCUGCAGUGUCAAGUGCUGUUUAGUACCGCAGUUCAAAAAGCACUCGACGCUGACAAGACCCCCAAGCUACUCCUGGAGGUCGGGCCACAUUCCGCACUCCAUUCGCCUAUUCGCCAAAUUAUGCACUCUAGCAAGAACAAAGGCAAAAGAUGGGCGUACGUUGCCACGUUGCAGAGAAAUUCCGCCCAAUGGCACACUCUGCUAGAGACUGCUGGGCAAUUAUAUUCUCAUGGCACCUCUAUUCAGUUAUCGAGACUGGUUCCUAGAGGAAGAUUCCGCAAGAACCCGCACCAUGAACUCUUAGGCUCUCGAGGACUAGAAUCCUCCGACGUGGAGCCAUCAUGGAGAUGUCUUCUACAUCUAGACUAUGUGCCCUGGUUAGCCGAUCACAGGAUUGGUAGGGAUAUUGUCUUCCCGUGUGCAGCCUACGUCGCAAUGGCUGGUGAGGCUAUUCGGCAAAUGACUGGCGUAGAGGACUACUCUAUUAGAAACCUGUUCAUGCGGACUGCCAUGAUACUCGAUUCCUCAAGUACAACAGAGCUAUCAACCAAUCUCAGACCAGCUAAACUCGCGGACAAUAUCGAUUCAGUAUGGUAUGAGUUUACAAUAAGUGCCUAUCAAAAUGGCAGUUGGAGGAAACACUGCAUGGGCCAGGUAAGGCCAGGACCAGAUAGACCGUACGAAACGGAAAACAUCCAGCAAUACUCGCGGUCCGUCGAUUCAGAAAAGUGGUACAACGCGUUGGACAAGCGAGGAAUGUCAUACGGGCCCCAGUUUCGCCGGCUGCGUGAAAUAUCGGCGCAUCCGCUGGCGUAUGAGGCUGCGGCCACUGUCCAGGAUGAGGAAUCAUUUUACGGCAGUCGAUACGCACUUCAUCCUAUUCUCAUCGACCAGGCGUUGCAAUUGCUCAGUGUGGCUGCAACAAAUGGCAUUCCGCGCCGCAUGACGAGGUUAUGCAUCCCGAUUGGGCUGGAGAGUCUGCACGUCAACUUCGGAAGAGGUUCAAUGGCACUAGCUGUCUCUUGCGAUGGCGCUGGUGGCACUAUGUCUGGGGAUGCAACCCUCAACUAUGGAUCUGGUACCGCAUUGCGUCUCCAAAACGGCCACUUUUUCUCCACGCAGGAUCCGGACGUUGGCAAGACAAAUCUGCCGCUGUUGUCAAGUCUCCGCUACAGACCACACAUCGACUUUAUUCCCCCAAGGGAACAAAUCCCUGGCACGCAGACGCGCCUCACCUUCGGGAAGACGAUGGUCAGGAUGUUCAGCCUGUUUACGUGCGAUACAUACCAUCAAACCAAGUUCUUGGACCCAGUGGAGCCUCAUCUCAAAAAGUAUCAGUCGUGGCUCCAAUCUCAACACGACCUCAUAUGCACGAAUCACGCCAAUAUGGUGCCAGAAGUGUGGGAAUCAUGGAUUUUAGACGAGAGUAGCCGCAGGAAGGCAAUAGACGAGUACUCAAACCUGUCCCCCGAGGCAACCGAGUAUCCCAUGUAUAUCCUAGGUAAAAGGGUGCACGAGUCCAUCCAUGGGAUUUUCGCAGGCGAGAUACAGCCAAUCGAGCUUCUCAUCAAGGAUGGCGGCUUGAAAGGUUUAUACUCAAUUAGCUCCCAAAUUUCCUCGUGGCACGAGUUCUUCGAAAUGCUAGGCCAUUCUAAGCCCGCUCUCCGGAUCCUAGAGAUCGGAGGUGGCACUGGUGGGGACACCUCCACCGCGCUCAAGGGUCUCGUGCCAGCCAGUGGUAAUAGGUUAUAUUCCAAAUACACAUUCACGGAUAUAUCGCCGGGGUUCUUGGCUGAAGCUAAGGACCGAUUCAAGUCUUACCCGGAUAUGAACUUCGCCACCUUGGACAUAACGCGCGACCCCAUUGAGCAGGGGUUCGAGGCUGAAAGCUAUGAUCUGGUGAUAUCUUCCAAUUCUCUGGGCAAUGUUAGGAAGCUCUUGACUCGGGGCGGUCGGUUGUUUCUUAUCGAGCUGGCCGGUGAUGUCUUCAAGGUUGACUACAUAAUGGAAGAUGGUCGAGCAGAUCGCCCAUACGUCUCGACUCAACGGUGGCAUAGUGAGCUAGUGAAAGCGGGAUUUACGGGCGUCGAAUGCUGUCGAUACGACAACGAAGCCCCGUAUCAGCUCAGCGCGCACAUGGGCGAAUUAUUCCUGCUUUGCAGGUACAGGACCACGGAUUGGGCGCGAGAACUGGGGCACCAGCUUGAGAUGGCUGGCUAUGAGGUGUCUUAUUCGACACUUGACCAGCCACCACCGCCAGGCUCUCAUAUUAUAUCCUUGAUGGAUUUGGAGGGCCCAUUUUUCUUCGAUUUGACGAAGGAAGAUUUUGAGCGGUUCCGCGGUUGGUUAUCAAGCUGUACAACCAGCCGUCUUUUCUGGGUAACGCAGUCGAUCCAGCUGGGAUGCAGAGACCCUCGGUAUGGGCUGAUCUUGGGAAAUUUCGUCACGUUGGAGCUUGACAAUGCUGACUCGAGGGCUCUACAGCCGAUCAUUAGGGCAUAUGAAACAUUCCUAUCACAGAUAGAGGACCCGGAUGCGAACCCCGAGUGUGAGUUUGUCGUGCAAAAUGGUGUAAUCCAGGCUGGUCGAUAUGAGUGGAAGUCUCUUGAGCAGCCACUGGAGCGGGCAGAGGGAAUCGCGGGAACGCGCAUGCUAGAUAUUGGGACCUACGCGAUGCUUAGUUCCUUCAUGUGGACAUUAGCGGAUCUUGUUCCGGCUAAGGUCGAGGAAGGCGAUGUUGAAGUGGAUGUGAAAUACGUUGGGCUGAACUUUAGGGAUGUAAUGAUUGCGAUGGGUUUCAUGUCACACACGGGCGAAAUUGGUAUCGAAGGCAGUGGAAUCAUCCGUCGAGUCGGUCCUGGAGUCACGAGCCUCCGAGUCGGCGAUAAAGUGAUGUUAGCAGGCACAGGGCUCAUGUGCACACGCAAGAUACUACCCGCAGAUCGAUGCGUUCCCAUUCCACCCGAGCUUCCUCUGGAGGAAGCUGCCACCGUUAUUUGCGUCUACGUGACCGUCAUGUACUCCCUACUGACCGUGGGGAAUCUUCGAAAAGGGCAGUCGGUCUUGAUCCAUUCCGCAUGUGGCGGCGUAGGUCUGGCGGCUAUCCAAAUAUGUCGAGCAGUUGGGGCUGAGAUCUUCGCAACUGUGGGGUCGCCGGAAAAGAUCCAGCAUCUCCAGAAACUAGGAAUCCCAGCAAACCACAUAUUCGACUCCCGGAGCGCGUCUUUCCUCCCGGGCGUCAUGAAAAUGACGAACAAUCGCGGUGUAGAUAUAGUCUUGAACUCGCUGUCGGGUGAGUUGCUCCAUGCGUCGUGGAAAUGCGUUGCGCAAUUCGGAAAAAUGCUGGAACUGGGCAAGCGGGACUUUCUAGGCCACGGUAAACUAGACAUGGAUUUGUUCGCUGGGAACAGGGCCUUUGUUGGAGUUGAUGUCCUGCAGCUCAUCAACGACAAUACCGAGGACCUGCGCGACUUAACCAAUCAGAUGCUGGCAUAUUUCAACGAAGGCAAAGCGCAGCCUAUCAAACCCAUCACCGUGUACGAGGCUGGCGAUGUCGAGAAGGCAUUCCGAUAUAUGCAAAGUGGCCAGCAUAUGGGGAAGAUUGUGAUCAAAAUGCCCGAAGAGCCUUCGACCCUUGCGGUGACCCGGGCUCAUGAAACGACGCCUUACUUCUCUGCCGAGGCGUCGUAUCUGGUAGUGGGUGGAUUUGGUGGACUCGGCCGUGCCGUCGUGAAUUGGAUGGUAGAAAAGGGCGCCCGUCGCCUGGUUAUCCUCUGCCGAUCAGGGUCCAGUACUGCCAGAGCUGAAAGUGUCAUUCGCGACCUCCAGGAGCAAGGUUGCAGCGUCACUACAGUUGCUGGGGAUGUAGCGAAUAUUGAAGAUGUCCGCCGGGCUGAAAACGCAUCGCCAACACCCAUUGCGGGUAUCAUUCAUUUGGCUAUGGUGCUUAGAGACCAAGGUUUCCGCAACAUGUCGCACGAUGAAUGGACCGAAGCCCUCACCCCCAAGGUGCAGGGUACGUGGAAUCUUCAUCUUGUGUUCGAAAAUAAACCUCUCGAUUUCUUCGUGCUUCUUGGAUCUGUUGCCGGCAUCAGCGGAUGGCCCGGUCAGACGAACUAUGCAGGGGCCAACUCAUUCCUGGAUGCCUUUGCCGAAUACCGCCGGUCUAAAGGCCUUGUCGCAAGUGUAAUCGACCUGGGGCUUGUACUAGGAAUUGGAUAUGUAUCUGAGAUGUCACAUCCUGGAACUAUGGAAGUUGCACGCUCUGGUGCCUUACAGCUGCUAGAGGAACAUCAUUUACUACAAGCGUUGGGAAUCGCCAUCUUUUCCCAGCGAUACCACCUUCCUAGUCAGCUGAUUGUGGGCCUUGGGACGACAAGACAUACAACCACUGACGAAAUGGCAUGGUCGUGGAUGCGCGAAGUCCGGUUCAGUGCAUGGAAUAACAUGCUAUCAAACGUCGCUGAUGGCCCAUCAGAAUCGCGAACUGAUGAACUCAGGGAGCAAAUGGACGCAAUUAAAAACAACCCUGCAAUCUUGGAUGAUCCCAAGACAGAGCAACGUCUGACCUCCGAGCUGGGAAAACUGAUCGCUUCCUACACGUCGCGACCAGACGAUCUCAGCGGACAAGAUCUCGCCGACAUCGCAAUUGAUUCUUUGAUGACGUUUGAGAUACGAACGUGGUUCCGUCGAAACGCUGGCAUUGAAAUUACACUGGUAGAGGUCUCAUCCGCUGGCCGGGUGGGAGGGUUGAGUAAGAUCGCCUUACAAAAGCUGCGAGAGAGAUACGGCCACCCUGCGGGUCCGAACACUCAAGCGGAUACUCUGCCGCCAGUGCUAGAUGAAAAUCUUGACUUCCAGGAAGAUCUGGCAUUGGGCAGAGCUAUGCGGCCUAUCUCCCGGGAGUUUGUCGACUGGACUUCAGAAUCCGAAGGAAAGAUAUUUUUUACCGGGGCGACUGGUUUCCUCGGAUCAUCUCUUCUGGCUCGGCUUCUAUGCUUGCCGCAAGUUAAGGCCGUUGCUUGCUUGGUCCGGGCUGAAUCCCCCGAGGCGGGGAUGGCUCGGAUUAGAGAGACAUUUGCCAUGUAUGGCACGCCAAUGGAAUUUGAAUCCAAAAUUACAGUCGUUCUUGGAGAGGUAUCUGCGAAGGGCUUGGGUAUAGAAGAAAAGCGAUACAAAGAACUAGCACAAUGGGCGAGUGUCAUCUACCACUUUGCUGGGUAUUCGAAUUACACGCUACCCUAUGCAAUUCAUCGCAGCACCAAUGUAUUGGGAAUACUCGAGAUUCUUCGUUUCGCGAAUAGCGAGCGUCUAAAAUCUAUACAGUAUUGUUCCAGUAUGUCUGCCUGCGGUCUUGCGAAAGACGCUGAGACAGAAAUUGCGGAAGACGUGAGACCGACUCUUGAGGCGCACACGAUGAGGGAAACACUCGGCUACACGCAAAGCAAGUUCGUGGCGGAGAGUAUCUUCUGGGAUGCGAAAGACAAUGGAUUCCCCGUCACUAUAUAUCGUCCAGCCAUCGUCACCGGGCACAGUAUGACAGGCGCGUGCAGAAAAGACGACAUGGUAAAUCGUCUCAUGACCAACUGUAUACGACUAGGCUGCUACCCUCGACCUCCGCCACAGCGAUGGCAGGUUGUCCCAGUGGACUUCGUUACUUCUGUAAUAUCGCACAUAUCGGUAAAUAACUCCAACAUUGGCCACGCAUUCAACGUGCUCCAGCCCGACCAAGAAAAGGUCAUCACCCUCGCGGAGGUAUUCCAAAUUCUGAGUCAACAUGCGCCGGCUCCGUUACGAAGUCUCUCAAAUACGGAAUGGGUGGGCGAAUUUACCAAGUUCAGCGACGCAAGCUGGAAUGUAACAACGCCCUUGGUUGUCGGGCAGCUUUCUCAGCACAUGCUGUCAUGGGCUGCUUUUGAGCACAUGUCGCGUUACGACACCAGCAACCUUCGCCGCGCACUAUCCGAUAACCCUAAGCUUUUGGGUCUGAAACCCAUGAAGGAGCUUCUUAAAGUGUAUUAUGCCUGUUGGGCGGUGGGUAGUGAUAGUUAG